GUGUGUGUGUGUGUGUGUGUGUGUUGUGUGUGAUAUAGUAAAGUCAUGGAGCUGGAGCGUUUAGGCGGCGGUGGGGUUAAACCUGAGAAGGGUAACACUCGUCUCUACAGGAUAGCACUGGCCAUGUGUGUGUGUCUCUGUGCUGUUCUUCUGCUUGCACUCAUACUGGUCUCUCAAAAGUCCAGUCAGGAGGAGUUCUGUUUGAGUCCAGAGUGCAUCGAAGCAGCGGGGUCUAUUUUAAGUAAAAUGGAUCGGUCUGUUGACCCCUGCGAGGACUUCUAUAGUUUUUCCUGUGGUGGUUGGCUGAAGGAGAACCCGAUCCCUGAAGAUUCCUCCUCAUAUGGCAUCUACCCCUGGCUGCGACAGCAUGUCGACAUCCAACUCAAAGAGUUACUGGAAGCUCCAUCAGACCCUGAUGAACUGGAGGCAGUGACCAAAGCUAAGAUCCUCUACCGCUCCUGUAUAAACGAGGCUGUGCUGGAGAAGGUGGACACUAAACCGAUGCUGAAAACACUGAGGCAGGCAGAGUUUCGGUGGCCUGUUGUCGGGGAGGGGCUUGGCGGGGAGUAUCAGUGGUCGGCGGCUCAGUGGAGCCUCCUGAAGACCGUGGCUGAGAUGAGGAACCAGCACAGUAAGAGCGUUCUGAUUCGCCUGUACGUCUCCCCUGACGACAAGAACUCCUCACUCCACAUCAUCAAGCUCGACCAGGCAUCCUUGUCUCUGCCCUCCAGGGAGGACUACAUCACCAACACUUCCUCUGCACAGGCAUACCGUGCGGCCUUGCUCAGCUUGAUGGUGGACACAGCCGUCAUGCUGGGCGCUCCAGAGAAAGCAGCACUGACCCAGAUGGAAAAGGCUCUUGCCUUCGAGACCAAACUGGCUCAUAUCCUGAUUCCCUAUGAAAACCGCACCAGUGAGAACAUGUACAACAGAUACACACUCUCCCGCCUGCAGCGCUCCAUACCACAGUUUGACUGGCUGGGUUUUGUGAAAGCUGUGGUGGAGUCUAAAAGCGACCCGUCUCGGUCCAUCCCCUCCUCCGAGCCCGUCAUCGUCCGAGCCCCGCAGUACUUCAAGGAACUUUUCAAGCUCAUUAACAGCACAGACCCCAGGACUGUAGCAAACUACGUACAGUGGAGGACGGUGUUCUCCAGGAUCACCACUCUGAGUCGUCGUUUCCUUUACAGAUACCUCGACUACGCUCGGGUCACCACGGGAACCACGUCUCUGACCCCGCGCUGGGACAAGUGUGUGAACUACGUCGAGAACUCGCUUGUUUAUGCCGCUGGGCGCCUUUUUGUCAACACACACUUCCAGGAGGACAAGAAACACAUGAUGGAGGAGCUGAUCAAGGGUAUUCGCUGGGCGUUCAUCGACAUUCUGCAGAAAGAGAAUGAGUGGAUGGAUCAACCAACGAAGAACAGAGCCAUAGAUAAGGCUCAUGCAGUCCUGGCGAAGGUUGGCUACCCCGAGUUUAUUCUGAAUGACACCUACCUCAACGAGGAUCUGAAGGAGCUAAAGUUCGAUGAGACGGAUUACUACGGUAACGUGAUGCAGACGCUGAAGUUGAUCGCUCAAAUUGAUAUCGCUUGGCUUCGAAAGAGCGUGCCACGUACGGAGUGGUUUACAAACCCAACAACUGUGAACGCCUUCUACAGUUCUUCCACGAAUCAAAUCAGAUUUCCUGCUGGAGAGCUUCAAAAACCUUUCUUCUGGGGAAGAGAGUACCCAAGAGCUUUAAGUUAUGGUGCCAUCGGGGUGAUAGUGGGACAUGAGUUAACACACGGCUUUGACAAUAACGGUCGCAAGUAUGACAAAAACGGAAACCUUGACCAGUGGUGGAGCAACUCGUCCGUCACAGCCUUCAAUGAGAAGACCCAGUGUAUGAUAGAGCAGUAUAAUGGCUACCACUGGGAGGAGGCAGGCCUGAAUGUGCGGGGUAAGAGGACUUUAGCAGAAAACAUAGCAGACAAUGGAGGAAUAAGAGAAGCAUUCAGGGCAUACAGACGGUGGGUUGACGAGAGCAGAGGUGGUGUGGAGGAGCCUCUGCUUCCUGGAGUCGGACUGAAUAACAACCAACUGUUCUUCCUGAGCUACGCACAUGUGAGAUGUAACUCAUACAGACCAGAAGCAGCCAGGGACCAGAUCCAGAGUGGAGCCCACAGUCCACCAAAAUACAGAGUUGUCGGAGCAAUGAGUAACUAUGAAGAGUUUCGGAAAGUGUUCAGCUGUCCUGAGUCGUCGGUUAUGAACCGGGGGGCAAAGUCCUGUCGGGUGUGGUGACCUUUGACCUCAGCUUCACCGUGAACAUGGCCAGAGCUGUCAGCAGGACACCUGUUGAAAAGGCUGAUAGUGCUGGAGCCAACAUAGUUUACAUGAUGUGGGAGCAAUGAAAAGAUGAAGAGUUGUUAACUCAUAGACAUGUUAGCGACUGAAGACCACUUUUAAUUGGAUAUUGUACAGUAUAUUAUUACUACUACAACAAAGUUGCAAUGUUGUUUUUUACAGAUACAUUUACUGCAUAUGUUGCUGUUACUGCAUAAAUUAUGACUGAAGCCAUAGUUUAUGAAUUAUAUAUUAGAAAAAGGCUGUUUUUGUACAGACGUGCAACAAUAACAGACGUACAGUAUAAAUACUGUAAGUGUGACUAGUUAAAGAUGGAGCCUUUCUUAUGGGAAUAAAUAAUUUAUACAUUAAAGGUACCAAUGACUGGAACGUCGUAUUUUUGAACAGGAACAUUUUUUCCGAUGUUGCGGUAACUGUGGGAAGCAGAAAUAUAUCAGGUCAACAUCUGCAUAUAUUCAUUAGCAGCCUUGUCGAUGAUUUCCCAGCAUCCCAGAAAAAAGAUUUUAAUUCAUGUUUGAACAUAAAUAUGAGCCAAAAAAAGCAGCAAACAAUACAAAA